CCGUAUUUUUGUACAUGACUAUCCAAAUAGUCCAAAGAUUGAAGCACAUUAUGAAUCAAAUGGGCGAUUAUACUACUCAUAUUAUAAUAUUAUUUCUUUGGGAACAUAUCCCGCAACACCAAAAUUAACUCAAAAAAAUGGCUGGAAUAAUACACCUCAAUAUCCAAUACCCGAUAAUUAUGUUGUUGAAACAACACUUGCUGAGCAAAAUCUUAGAUGUGAAACUAAAUAUAUUUCAAGUUUAAAAGUACAAUAUACAAUUAUUUGGAAAGAAGAUCGUGCAGAAUAUAGUGUAUAUAGUACAAAAUCAUCUACAGCAGUUAUUAAUACAUAUUUACAGGUAUAA